AUGGAGAUGUGGACUCGCACCGAGGGAGAGAAUGGUCGCUGCGCCUAUUGUGAGCGGCUGGUGGCUGUGGCAGGUCACCCCUCUCCCCUGCCCCUCACUUCCACCUUCUCAGGAAACCAACUAGGUGACGGCUGGAAGCGCCGCACACCCCUUAACCGCGCUGUGCGCCUGCGCCUGUGUCUCGGGCGCGCGCUCGGCCCAGAGCUGGGGUCCUGCCGGAACCACUGCACUUCCCUCCGCUCCGCGCGGUCACGGCGGCAGCAGUUCUGUAUCGCAAACCCGGUGUCGCAGCGAAUGCUCGAGAAAUGUAUUCAGGGCAGGGUCCUGCUCCUGACCAUCUGCGCGGCUGGCAUUGGUGGGACCUUUCAAUUUGGCUACAACCUCUCCAUCAUCAAUGCCCCAACUUUGCACAUUCAGGAAUUCAUCAAUGAGACAUGGUGGGUGCGUACCGGCCAGCCACUGCCCGAUCACCUAGUUCUGUUGGUGUGGUCCCUCAUUGUGUCUCUGUACCCCCUGGGGGGCCUCUUUGGAGCACUGCUUGCUGGGCCCCUGGCUGUCAUGCUGGGAAGGAAGAAGUCCCUCCUGGUGAAUAGCAUCUUCGUGGUGGCCGCGGCGACCCUGUUUGGCUUCAGCCGCAGAGCAGGCUCCUUUGAGAUGAUCGUGCUGGGCAGGCUGCUCAUGGGAGUCAGUACAGGCUUGAGCAUGAAUGUCCAGCCCAUGUACCUGGGGGAAAGUGCCCCCAAGGAGCUCCGAGGAGCCGUGGCCAUGACCCCAGCCAUCUUCUCUGCCCUGGGGAUCGUGAUAGGUCAGGUGGUCGGACUCAGGGAGCUCCUGGGUGACCCAGGGGCCUGGCCCCUACUGCUGGCUAGCUGCCUGGUGCCUGGGGUGCUCCAGCUUGCCUCCCUCCCUCUGCUUCCUGAAAGCCCACGCUACCUCCUCAUUGACCGUGGAGACACCGAGGCCUGCCUGGCAGCCAUGAGGGUCUAUGAGGAGGGCUUAUCCCACUUUCUCUAUAUGCCUUUCCUCGGUGUCUGUGUCUGGGGGGCCAUCUGUACUGGCUUCUUCCUCCCUGAGACCAAAGGCAAGACCUUCCUGGAGAUCUCUGAGGAACUGCACAGACUCAACUUCUCCCGGCAGAGCCAGGGCCCUGAGUGGACGGGCCCAGAAGUCAUCCUGUCCACAGAGCUGUAA